UCUAGGAAGUAACCCAAACGCUGCGUCUGGUUCAUGGUUCCGCACGAAACCCACCGUUGCCGUACACCUGGUGUCUGAUAAAACGAUCUCCGUUUAGAGAGAGAGAGAGCGAAAGAGGAAGACGAAGAGUUCUAGAGAGAGAGUGUGUGUAGCGAAGUAGAGAGUGCAAGAUCUGAUUGAAACAAGGUAGCAAGCUCGAAACCCUACUGUCUAUUUUGCAGCCCUAGGUGCCUCUGUUUUGGUCUGUUUCUUCCUCGCUUCGCGCCUAGGUUGGUUGUCUUCGUCUGCAAAGGUGAAAGUCGGUGUAUUCGGAUUUCGCUGGAGAAGAGUCUGUGGGAGCCCUAGAAAUUCGAAUUGCUGGAAGCCCUAGAAAUUUAGGUUUUGGGGCUUUUUUCCGUCUUUGGGUCCAUAAAACUCUAGUUUUGGUUAUUUGGUUGGGAUUUGAAAUCGGUGUUAGUGAGGCAAGUGUGAAGAGGAAGAAUUAGGGUUUUGGAUGUAUGGCGUCGGGGCCUAUAGUGGGAGGAGAUGAUGGAGCUAAGGUGAAGCAGAGAUAUAAUGAGAACAAGGUGUACACGAGGAAAGCAUAUAAAGGACCUAAGAACAGAGCUAAUGCCUUGUCCGCUGUUGUUCCCAACGCUGCCCCAGCUACGACAACUGCCAACAAAGAUGACAUCAACAACAACAACAGCAUGGUCAAGAACGAUAAUGUCGUAGAGACCGAGAAGAAUGAGAACAACGAGUCGGCUCAGGAACAACCCCAGACUAUAUUGCCCGAGGAUGGAAAUUCGGCUCAGCCACUACUAAAUCCGAGACCGGACGCGGUUUCAGAUGACUCGUCCACCUUAAAACGUCAGCAGAAUGAACCUUCUAGCCUCAACUGUCAGCUGGACGAACAUUCGAGCCCCCAUCAUCAGCAGGACGAACCUUCGAGUUCCAAUCGACAGGAGGAGGCUACUCCUAGGACUCGGGAGUUGCCAUCAGGAAAUGGCGCUGUAAAGUCAGGAUUGGAUAAUCGAAUUAAGAUAAACUUGUCCUCAAGGUCAAAGCAAGAGGUAUUGGAGCUCAAGAGGAAGCUUGAAAAUGAGCUUGAUACAGUGAGAAGUUUGGUCAGAAAAAUUGAAGUGAAACUGGGGCAGAUUGGCAAGUAUGGUAAGUCAAAUCCUCUGGUGAGUGAUAGAAUUGAUAAUGGCAUUGUGCCAAGGCGUGUUCAGUCUGAGGGCGCAUCUGUUGUUCCCCAAGAAUCUAUCAGGCCUUCGCACCGGUUAAAUUUGUCAGUGCUAGAGAAUAGUCACGGAGCCAGUGAAAUAGUUGAGAAGGAAAAGAGAACGCCCAAGGCAAACCAGUUAUAUAGGAAUUCAGAGUUCUUGCUUGGGAAAGAUAAAUUCCCUCCUGCAGAGAGCAAUAAGAAGUCAAAAUUAAAUGGAAAGAAGCAGGGUGGGGGAGAAAUGCGACGUGGUUUUGGGAUGGGAUCGAAAGUUUUCAAAAGCUGUAGUUCGUUGCUUGAGAAGUUGAUGAAACACAAGCAUGGUUGGGUGUUUAAUGCUCCUGUUGACGUUGAGGGGCUUGGAUUGCAGGAUUAUUUUAGCAUAAUCUCGCAUCCAAUGGACCUAGGUACUGUGAAAACUAGGCUUAAUAAGAAUUGGUACAAAUCGCCCAAGGAAUUUGCAGAGGAUGUGAGACUUACAUUUCGCAACGCUAUGAAAUAUAACCCACCAGGCCAAGAUGUUCAUGUAAUGGCAGACCUGCUAUCAAAGAUAUUUGAGGACAAAUGGGCUACAAUAGAAUCAGAUUUCAAUCGUGAGAUAAGAUAUGCACAUGAUUAUGGGACAGCUCUUCCUUUGCCCUCACCAAUGUCUAGAAAUGCUACUGGAUUCCUUCCACCACCUCUUGAUAUGAGAAGGAUUUUGGAUAGAUCAGAAUCAAUGAUGCAAACCCCAAAGUACCUCCAGAGUCUCCCUCCAGAGAAGUUAGAUGCCAUUGUACAGAUCAUUAAAAAAAGAAAUACAGCUCUUUCUCAACAUGAUGAUGAGAUUGAAGUGGACAUUGAUAGUGUUGAUACCGAGACUCUUUGGGAGCUUGAUAGAUUUGUGACCAAUUACAAGAAAAGUUUGAGCAAGAACAAGAGGAAGGCUGAACUUGCUAUUCAAAGGGCAGAAUCUGCAAAGAAUGCCCCACAAAAGGCAUCUGAUACAGUUGAGGUUCCAAAAGAAAAUUUAGCAGAUGAAAGGAAUGUACCCCCAUCAUUGCCUGCGCGAGGGUAUAAACCACUGGACAAUGGUAGUAGGUCAAGUAGUUCUAGCAGCUCAAGCAGUGAUUCAGGCUCCUCUUCAACUGAUUCUGAUACUGAAAGCUCCUCAGCAUCCGGAUCUGAUGCAGGAUCACAAGGAACUUGAAUAUAUUCUCUCAGUUCUCUGGUAUUUAGAGUUAGAUAAUGAUGAGAUGCUUUGCCUAAUUGGUGGUCUGAAGCCAAAGCUUCCAUGUUACGGCUCUAAAUUUUACAGCUGAUGUAUAGAGGAAGCAUUCUCGAGGUCAACAGUGAUCCUACCAAUGCAAUUCAGGAUUCUUGGUGUUGUACAAAGAUAUGUAAUUCCAAGUGCUUGGAGCCAUUAAUGGUUCACAUGAAAUCUCAUUCCAUAUGGUAGCCUGAGUUUGGCAUUGGGCUGGUUAGAGUAACAUUAGAGAGAUAUUAUUACUUUGUUUUUACAAUUAAGGAAGGUGAGUUUAAUUCUCUGGUUUUGUGCAAAAGGUUUUGGAAGGUGAGCAAUUCAGCAGUUAGUGAGAAGUAAUAAUCUUUCCUGCCUAUCAGGUGGCUGAGACGAUGACAGUUGUACAGUUAAUGUGUUCAAGCUUACUUAGGGCCCAUAGUGAUGAAAUAAGAUUCAUGAACUCUUUCCAUCGAAGUGGUAAAUGCUGCAGACGAAGGGCUGGUCAAGUUUUCAAAAUGUUUCUUACCUCUUUUCCAUGGCCAAGCCGAAGUGCUAGACGUAUGC